UCAAAGGUCAUUAAUUCAUUGUAGAUAAGUAAUUCUUUAUAUCAAAACAACUACAUUGUUUCAAUUCAUCUAUCUCGGAUUUUCGUCAUUUUUUACUUAUGAAUUUGUGACACACUUUUUGUUUAACAUUUUACUACAUUCUGAUGGAAGAAAUGAAUACCUACUAUGGAGGUAGUAGAAUUAUUCAAUAAAUGUAAUGAAAGUUUGGGUUCUUAUAUUUUUUCAAGAUGGAUUGGCAAAUUAAUUACAGAAUACCAAACAUCAAAGACUCUAUUUAGUAUUAUAAUAUCAAGUCUUGUGAUUUUAUUAAUUAUAUCUAUAAUCAUUCUGCGAAAAUGGAAAAACAAAGAAUUUCUUCCAGAAGUAAAAGAAUUUGUUGGAGUAGGUACAGGCAAGCCCAGAUUCAGAAAAAGAGACAAAGUACUUUUUUAUGGAAGAAAAAUGUUACGCAAAGUAAAGUCUAUCAGUGGACAAGUACAUGCAACUGGACAAGGAAAAAAAAGAAAAGCUGUAAUGAGAUUUGCACGAAGACUUUUACAACUUAAAAAAGAAACAGUACCACAACAAUUAAAAGUUUUAGAACCACCGGCUGAAUAUUUAGAAGAAGAUCUAGGUCCUGGAGAAAAAGUACCUCCUGAUGCUUUAUAUAUGUUGCAAAGUAUCAGAGUAUUUGGUCAUUUUGAAAAACCAGUAUUUCUUAAAUUAUGCAAACAUACAGAAAUUAUGAAUUUACCAGCUGGAAGCACCUUAUUUAAAAUUGGAGAUCCAGAUGAAAAUUUAUUUAUUGUACAACAAGGCUUAGUUAAUGUUUAUAUUACAGGACCUGAUGGUUCUCAAAUAUCAUUAAAAUUAGUAAAAACUGGAGAAUCAGUAACUAGUCUUCUUAGCUUUACAGAUGUACUUACUGGGCAUACAAGUACCUAUAAAACAGUAUCAGCUAGAGCCGUAGAAGAUUCUAUUGUAGUAAAAUUACCAAUGAAUGCAUUUCAAGAGGUUUUUCAAGAUCAUCCUGAUGCAUUUGUUCGAGUUAUCCAGGUCAUUAUGGUCCGUCUUCAAAGAGUCACUUUUACUGCUCUCCAUCAAUAUCUUGGAUUAUCUGCAGAAUUAGUUAAUCAAGGAUCACAUAAAAAGAAACAAAGUCCAUUUUCUGGAUCUCCAGUUAGAUCAAGAACUAAAGAAAAUUGUUCUACCCAGAAUAUAGAAAAUCAAUCCAAUACAUUUACAACUAUUUCAUCAGAACAUGAUAAAAAUGAAAUAGUUCAUAUAUCUACAUUAAGUAGUCAUCAAAGUGUACCAAUUGUUAUAAGUCGACGGCAAAAAACUAAUCUUGAUUGGAAAAAUCAAAAUUUAAGUUUACAAUCAGGUCAAAAUACAGCAGAUAUGGUACCAGAAUGUGAUUCUCAUUGGCCAAAUUCUUCUCCUAUAACAUCACAACAAGGAUCACAACCAGAUGUAAUACAUACUGGAAAUUCACAUUCUAACAAGAAAAGAUCAAUUACUACUGAACCAAUUCAACAACAAUUAGAUGAAGCACAUCUUGUGCAAAUAGCUACAGAAGCAUUCAUUAGGGAACUUGGAUUAGAAGAUGAUUCAAUACUCAAAGAUGGUAAAGUUCAAAUUAGAGAAGUACCAAGUGGUACGUAUUUGAUGAAGGAAGAAUCUCACAAGGAUGUUGCACUUGUCUAUGUUAUAUCUGGUAUAUUAAUAGUUAGUCAACGCGUUUCAGAAGGUAGAGAUAUAGGUCAAGAAGUUCAUAUGUUUAGUGCUCAUCAAGGCGAAAUUGUCGGUGGUUUAGCUGUAUUAACUGGAGAACCUUCUUUUUAUACCAUUAGAGCAAAACAUUCUAGUCGCAUAGCACUUCUUAGUAAAUCAACAUUUUUCGCUAUUAUGCGAGAACAACCAACUGUUGUAUUACAUGUUGCCCAUUCAGUUGUUCGAAGACUUAGCCCCUUUGUAAGACAGGUUGAUUUUGCACUUGAUUGGCUAUUUCUUGAAAGUGGAAGAGCAGUAUAUCGCCAAGGAGAUGAAUCAGAUUCGACAUUUAUUGUAUUAAGUGGUCGACUUCGGUCGGUAAUUACAUAUAAAAAUGGAAAAAAAGAACUUGUUGCGGAAUACGGGAAAGGUGAUCUUGUAGGUAUUGUAGAAAUGGUUACACAAACACCACGAUCAACAACAGUAAUGGCAGUACGAGAUUCUGAAUUAGCAAAACUUCCUGAAGGAUUAUUUAAUGUUAUAAAACUUCGUUAUCCAAUAGUAGUUACAAGACUUAUAAAUUUACUUGGACAUCGUAUACUUGGCACUUGGCAACAAGCGCAUACAAAAAAUGGCAGUAACGAUACACAACGGGCCGCGGCGACAGUUGACGCAAGACCAGCUCAAGUAAAUUUUUCAACUGUUGCAAUAGUUCCGGUAUCCGAUGAUGUCCCUCUAACUGCAUUUACGUAUGAACUUUAUCAUUCAUUAUGUGCUAUUGGGCCAUGUCUACGCCUUACUUCUGAUGUUGUUCGAAAAACAUUAGGUAGCACUAUAAUGGAACCUGCAAAUGAAUAUCGUCUAACAUCAUGGCUUGCACAACAAGAAGAUCAACAUCGAAUUUCACUAUAUCAAUGUGAUCCAACAUAUACAUUGUGGACUCAACGAUGUGUUAGACAAGCUGACUGUAUUCUUAUUGUGGGUUUAGGAGAUAAACCUCCAUCUAUAGGUAGAACUGAACGUGAAGUUGAACGUUUAGUAAUGAGAACACAAAAAGAAUUAGUACUCUUACAUAAAGAACAAAGCGGACAGCGCCCAACAAAUACAGUACAGUGGUUGAAUAUGAGAUCUUGGGUUUCUAGUCAUCAUCACAUUCAAUGUCCUAAACGAAUGUUUACAAGAAGAUCUCAAUAUAGAAUUAAUGAAUUGUAUUCUAAAGUUUUGAUGUCUGAACCAAACAUACAUAGUGAUUUCAGUAGACUUGCUCGUUGGUUAACUGGAACUUCAGUUGGACUUGUACUUGGAGGUGGAGGUGCUAGAGGUGCAGCUCAUGUAGGAAUGCUUAAAGCUGUUAUCGAAGCUGGAAUACCUAUAGACAUGGUUGGAGGAGUUAGUAUUGGAGCAUUUAUGGGUGCUUUAUGGUGUAUGGAAAAAAACAUAACAACAACAACGCAAAAAGCUCGUGAAUGGUCCAAAAAAAUGACACAAUGGUGGAGACAAAUAAUGGAUUUAACAUAUCCAGUAACAUCUAUGUUUUCUGGAAAAGACUUUAAUAAUACAAUUCAAGCAACAUUUGGGGACACAUAUAUAGAAGAUUUAUGGUUACCAUACUUUACACUAACUACAGACAUCACUGAUUCUUGUAUGCGUACGCAUACACACGGAUCGCUGUGGCGGUACAUUCGAGCUUCGAUGUCUUUGUCUGGUUAUAUGCCACCCAUGUGUGACCCAGUUGACGGCCAUCUCCUGCUCGACGGCGGGUACGUCAAUAACCUUCCAGCUGACGAAAUGUUGAGGCAAGGAGCGCAUCAUAUUUUGGCUAUUGAUGUUGGGUCACAAGAUGACACGGAUUUAACAAAUUAUGGAGAUUCUUUAUCUGGUUGGUGGUUAUUAUGGAAACGAUGGAAUCCAUUUGCAACGCCUGUCAAAGUUCCAAAUUUGCCUGACAUACAAUCACGAUUGGCAUAUGUUAGUUGUGUACGGCAAUUAGAAGAAGUUAAAAGUUCAGAUUACUGUGAAUACAUUAGGCCACCAAUAGAUAAAUAUAAAACUCUCCAAUUCGCUAACUUUGAUGAAAUUAAAGAUGUUGGAUAUCAACAUGGAAAAACUUAUUUCGAAGGACAAUUAAAAGCUGGAGUUUUACCACGUUUUAAUGCUGAUAGAGAAAAUGCCCGCGCAUUACGAGCAAAACAUCAAGCAGCAAAUCAGCAAUCAAUAUCUUCGUAUACUUUUACAGAUUUAGCUCAAAUGGUGUGUAAAGUCUCUAGAGGAAGUAUAUAUGUAGAUUUGGAAAUUGAUUCUGACACAGAUGAAUUAGAAGAAUACGAGGCAGAUUUGGAAGAAGAUGCACAAGAAGUAGGUUAUGCCUCUGAACCCACUGCCGGUAUUCUAGAUCAGAGUCCUGACGAAAAUCGUUUACGACGAAGAACUGGCGUUUCUUUAAGUUUAUCUGACACAGAAGCAGAAUCAGAAUUAGAUUAUCAUACCAAAAUAUUCUAAGCAUUUUUUCUAAUUUUUAUUUUAAUAUCAUCUAUUUU